AUGGCCAGCAAGACUUUGAGGGUUCUUUUUCUGGGUCCCAAAGGUACGUAUUCCCAUCAAGCUGCAUUACAACAAUUUCAAUCAACAUCUGAUGUUGAGUACCUCCCAGCAGCCUCUAUCCCCCAAUGUUUUAACCAAUUGGAGAACGACACUAGUAUAGAUUAUUCAGUGGUACCGUUGGAAAAUUCCACCAAUGGACAAGUAGUUUUUUCCUAUGAUCUCUUGCGUGAUAGGAUGAUCAAAAAAGCCCUAUCCUUACCUGCUCCAGCAGAUACUAAUAGAAUUACACCAGAUAUAGAAGUUAUAGCGGAGCAAUAUGUACCCAUUACCCAUUGUCUAAUCAGCCCAAUCCAACUACCAAAUGGUAUUGCAUCCCUUGGAAAUUUUGAAGAAGUCAUAAUACACUCACAUCCGCAAGUAUGGGGCCAGGUUGAAUGUUACUUAAGGUCCAUGGCAGAAAAAUUUCCGCAGGUCACCUUUAUAAGAUUGGAUUGUUCUUCCACAUCUGAAUCAGUGAACCAAUGCAUUCGGUCAUCAACGGCCGAUUGCGACAACAUUCUGCAUUUAGCCAUUGCUAGUGAAACAGCUGCCCAAUUGCAUAAGGCGUACAUCAUUGAACAUUCGAUAAAUGAUAAGCUAGGAAAUACAACAAGAUUUUUAGUAUUGAAGAGAAGGGAGAACGCAGGCGACAAUGAAGUAGAAGACACUGGAUUACUACGGGUUAACCUACUCACCUUUACUACUCGUCAAGAUGACCCUGGUUCUUUGGUAGAUGUUUUGAACAUACUAAAAAUCCAUUCACUCAACAUGUGUUCUAUAAACUCUAGACCAUUCCAUUUGGACGAACAUGAUAGAAACUGGCGAUAUUUAUUUUUCAUUGAAUAUUACACCGAGAAGAAUACCCCAAAGAAUAAAGAAAAAUUCUAUGAAGAUAUCAGCGACAAAAGUAAACAGUGGUGCCUGUGGGGUACAUUCCCCAGAAAUGAGAGAUAUUAUCACAAAUAA